CUUCAGGACUCCUGGCCUCUAGUUCAAGUACGUUGGUUCUCACUGUUUUAGCAGGCAUAGCAACUCAAGUCUUGGUUUUUGCUGCGACAGGCAGACACUGGGUGCGGCUUAGCAUCGAACUACUUGGAUAGUUGGACGAUAAUCCGAGCGUUAUGAAAGGCUACAUAUCUAAGCGCUCGUGGGAAAAGUGAUUUGACGGGCUGGAAUAUAUGAAGGUAUGCGGGACUGUCACCGUUCUUCUUCCCAGUGUCCACCCUACAGCAUCGAUAUCUGCAAACCCAACUGGAAUCAUUAAUGUAAUACCAUCUAAUGCUAGGCAGUGGUCAUGCCGCUGCGUCCAAAUCCACGAUGGCUACUUUUGAGUGAUAUCCACUUUCAAGUGCGUGAUCUCGAACGUAUAAAAAGAACGGCAGAAUGGAUUGUGACGUUCACGCGACAGACGCCUGGCAUCAGCCGUGUCAUCAUCUGCGGUGAUGUGCUGACCUCGCGUUCGAUGCAGCCUACUGCUGUCAUCUCUGCCGCCUACCGCUUUCUCUCGGACCUGAGUAGUUCCGUACCACACGUCAACGUGAUCUUGGGAAACCAUGAUCUCGCCUAUCGCCGCGAUUACAGCACUACUGCCCUCGAAGCGCUGAACAUGUCACGCCUAAAGCCCUUCAUAUCGCUUCACGAUGGAGUGAAUAAGUAUAAUUGGGACGGUAGAGAUGUGCUGGUUUUACCUUUUCGUGAAGAUCAAACCGAAUUGACGGCCGCUGUGGCUAAUGUAAAUUCAAAUGAGGCUGCUCACACAGUUGCGUUUGCACAUCUGGCUCUAAACCGCGCUGUGACGCAACGUCAUGUUGUCUACAGUGAUACUACUAAGACAGGAUACUCCAUUCGAUAUCGGGGAACUUUCACUGGCCACUUUCACAGUCACCAAACCAUCAUUCAACCCGAACGAGAUGCCUCACCGGCGAGUUCCGAAGGUCGUCUGCAGGGCAGCGUCACAUAUCUAGGUUCACCGCUACAGUUGACUUGGGCAGACCUUUGCGAUGAAGAACGUGGUGUUGUCCUGCUAGACCCUGUGACAUUAGAGCACGAGUUAAUCGCCAACCCUCAUGCUGUAGGCUAUAUAACCGUCCAAGGCCCAGAGGUAUUGGAUGAGAAGAUCGAUGCCUCAACAGUGCAGGGCAAACACGUUAUGAUGCUGGGGGGGCUUACACGCUUUCAGUAUUGGACUGCCCGAGAUAAGUUGCUGUCGUUUGGUGCUCAGAGUGUGCGUGAAUCACGACCAGCACCCACGUCGCAGGGUGACGCAAAUUCUUUUGUGUACCAUGGCUUAGGCACGUCCAUACCAGAAAGUGACCGGGGUGUUUCUCUUAAAUCUACUGAGCCACUGGAGAUAUAUCCGCCUCUUGCUGAUGAAUUGAAUACGCCGCCACAGCCUGAUGAUCUACCAUCUGUCAAGAUUGACCCCGUGGAAUCCGAAUCCAUGGACCGAGAAAAGCUGAUUCAAUUAGGCCAAAGGUUGAUGAUAGCAUCGGAAGAUGCUACAGCUUUUCCUGAGGAGAAUGCAGCUUAUAAGUUGCUAUUAGACCCCUCCCAUUCCAUCGCCACUCAGGAUGUUUCUCAGGCUCCUACCAAACAAGUCUUUGUGGCCAAACCACGCUCGAUUAAAAUUUCCAAUUUCCUCGGCAUCCAAGACGAAUUCACUAUUGAUUUCGACGGGGAUAUGGGUAAAGGCCUAUCAUUCGUUGUUGGGAGCAACGGUUCAGGGAAAAGCACGCUCAUUGAAGCAAUCGUGUGGUGUCAGUUUGGACGGUGUAUCCGGAAAGGAUUGUCGGUCGGAGAUGUCGUCAACGAUAUUACUGGCCAGAAUUGUAUGGUCAGUCUCUCAUUUUCAAACGGAUACACAAUUUCUCGGUUUCGGAAGCACAAGGUACAUGGCAAUCGCGUUAUCGUGUCACUUAACGGUGUAGAACAACCGCAAUUUGAACAUGGCGAGGCUCGCGCUACUCAAGCUGCGAUUGACGAGCUUUUGGGUAUCGAAUAUGAGGAAUUCAUCAAAGCGGUGGUUUUAGGACAUGAGAGUGCCGCUAGCUUUCUAAGCUCAACGCCCGCUCAGCGUCAGGAUUUCAUUGAAUCGACACUUGGGCUAUCAACCUUGGAUAGGUCGGCUGAUUUAUCCAGAAGAAUGCUGCGGGAGAUUGACGAUGAAUGCACUGGCCUCCGUAGCCAAAUUGAUGCAAUCGAACAGAGCAUGUAUCCCAUACAGCGUCGCAUCGAGAAUGGAGAAAAGGAAUUGCGGCGUUUGCGCUUAGAAGAAGAAGAAGCGAAGAGAGCAAUUAGCCGCGUACAGUCUCCUACCCGGAACGAAACGAGCGAUGGUAAUUCCAAAGAUGACCGAGCCCAUCACACAUUUGAUCGAUAUCCAAAUACACUAAAUUUAAAAUUAGAAGAACUCAAGUCAAAGGUCAAGCAAAGUCAGCAAGCGGUAAACGAAGCCCGAUCUACUUUAAAGAACGCCGAGAAUUGGGACAAGCUCGCCGCAAAACAGCGGCCUUCGGUUCAAAUUACUCAUCAACCUAACAGCCAAUACCAAACUUUGCGAGAUGAACUCCUGAGGCUUAGCUCAAGACAGCGCGAUUCAAAAAUCAUGGAGCACAUCCAUUCAUUCGAGUCGACAAUUGGGCACAUUUCUCAAGCCGUGUCAUGGCUUCAAUCACAUGCAACGAAAGCUACAAAAUGGGUUGGCUCAGCUAACCCAGUAAAUCGAGCGGCACUCCAUUUCAUUCGGAUUGGCUUGAUGACAUUCGGCCGACUCUCAAGUCAUCUCAACAGCCUCCUAGGCCCACUCACAUCGUCUAUUGCUAGGCAGCAGCAGGAAAAUGUAGACGCGAUUCAGAACAUAGUGAAGACACUCGGAGCAGCAUUUCCUCAGGAAAAGGAGAAGACGGCCAAGUUGCCCAAGCGGGACGAUAAGAGCGACAUCAUAAGGUCACCAGAUAAGAAACUCAGUGAACCGAAAAUUACCUUAGAAGAGGCGAGGCAACAACUCUCCUACUCGCUAAAUCAUUUGUCAGAGUUGUUGGAAGAGCAGGGUGUUUUGCAUGAAAUACAGGCCAAACAGCAACGUGAAAUCACAAGGAUGAACGAGGGAACGCGAAAACGAGAAGGCCUCAUAAACAAAUUAGCCGAAAAGAAACGGGAAAUCGAAAUAUAUCAAAAGAUGAUCACAGAAGAAACUUCAAUUCUACAAGAGCAAUCCUCUAGCCAUGCUUCGUUAGUCGCAGACGUUGAGUCAGUAGCAUCUACACGGGAGCUGUUCGCAUUCUGGGAAAGCUCGUUAUCGCGACGACGACUGAAAUCUGCCACGGCCCCAACAUUCCGAGGCUAUAUGUUCGACAAAAGUCUGCAGGAGCUUAACACUGUUGCCUCGAGCAUAUUGCUCGUCCUGUACGAAAAUACUCGGCAUGCUCGCGAACUCACUAAAGGCAUGUUACGAACGAUAAUUGCUAGCGACCCAGAAUAUGAUCAGGACCCCAAGAAUUCGCAAGGCACCGGUCUCCUAGACCAGGGGUUAGGCGUGACCAAGACACUGUCGUAUGCGAAGCGAAGCGGCGGUGAGCGGAAGCGCAUUGACCUAGCUGUCUUCUUCGCUCUCGUUCAGAUUUUACAAGCCAAUAGCAGGCACCGUGCACGCUACAUACUGAUUGACGAGGCGUUCGACAGCCUAGAUGUGGCUGGACAAGCGGCAGUUGUACGAUGGUGCUCACAGCUCACAUCGCGGAUGGACUUUCAACUCGUCGUCACUCAUAGCGACUACUUGAUCAGCUCUGCGCGAAGUCCGUUAAGUGACGACGAUGGUGGUGAGCUACAAAGCCAGUUUUCGGUCCUCUCCGCCACAAUGACCAAAGAGGGUACCAAAUUCACGUAUACCAUAGCAUAG